AUGCCCAACUUUACCAUAGUAACUGAAUUUCUGCUCACAAGAUUUUCUGAUGUGUUGGAGCUCAGAGUUUUGCAUGCUAUGCUGUUUCUACUGACAUAUUUGGCAACUCUUCUGGGGAACCUUCUUAUUGCCACAGUAACCACCUUUGACAAGAGUCUUCACACUCCCAUGUAUUUCUUCCUUAGGAAUUUGUCUGUCCUGGACAUGUGUUAUAUUUCUGUCAUUGUACCCAAGGCAUGUGUCAUCUUCCUGCUUGACAACCAGGUAAUAUCCAUGGUUGGAUGUGCAUCUCAGAUUUUCCUUGUAUUCUUGUUUGCUUUUAUAGAACUGAUGUUCCUCACUAUUAUGGCCCAUGACCGUUACGUGGCUAUUUGCCAGCCUCUCCACUACCCUGUGAUCAUGAACCCUCAGGUCUGUGUCCUGGCAUCUCUGGUCUCCAUAAUCGGUGGUCUGGUCUACUCAGGAUUCCAUACAGGCAUCACAUUCCAGCUGACCUUCUGUCACUCCAACAUAAUAAAUCAAUUCUUCUGUGACAUACCUUCUCUUCUGAAGCUCUCCUGCUCUGAUAACUUCAUAAAUGAGAUUGCACUUUUUAUCUCUUCAGUAGUGUUUGGAGGUGGCUGUUUUUUCUUCAUCAUCCUGUCUUAUAUUCACAUAUUUUCUACUGUGCUCAAGUUUCCAAUCAGAGGAGAGCAAGGAAAGGCUUUUUCCACCUGUGUUCCACAUAUUCUUGUGGUGACAGUCUUCAUCAGUUCAGCUGCUGCUGUGUAUGUAAAGCCAACCUCCAACUCACCCACAAUUCAGGACAUGAUCAUUUCUAUGUUCUACUUUAUAGUCCCUCCCUUUCUAAAUACUAUUAUCUACAGUCUUCGGAACAAGCAGAUAAAGGAAGCUGUAAGGAGAGUUAUAAGUAGGAUGUUCUAUUUAGGAAAAUGA